UGGGGGUCACAUCGCUCCUUCCCAACUUGCAUUCGCACCCGGUAACAGACUGGGACGACCUAAAUGUAUGAUGUUAGCCGCGAUCAUUGCCCUUGUUGGAGCGGUGGUCCAAGCAAGCACAUUUUCUCUAGGACAGUCUAUCGCAGGUAGAAUAAUAUCAGGCUUUGGAGUUGGCAUCUUCACAGGUACAGUGCCAAUGUAUGUCAGUGAAACAGCGGAUGCCCGCCACAAAGGUAGUCUCGUCUUGCUCGAGGGCGUCUUCGCUCUUAGUGGCAUUGCCCUGGCUGCUUGGAUCAAUUUUGGAAUCUAUCAUGCAAGCGGUUCCGUCACGUUCAGAUUCCCUCUAGCUUUUCAGCUCUUGUUUAUUCUGGUUCUCCUUGCGUGCUGCCCAUUUCUUCCUGAGUCCCCAAGAUGGUUGGUGCUGCAGCAACGUAACGAAGAGGCGGCCGUCAUCUUGUCCAGGUUGAUGGACCGAGAUGUCGACUCGCCCGAGGUCACUCUUGAAGUCAACAACAUAUUCGCUGCGAUACAGCUCGAUCAAGGUCACAGAAAUAAGUAUUCUCACAAUCCAUUCUCGAUGAACAAGAACCGACACUUGCACCGGACGCUUCUGGCAUGUGGAAUGACGACCUUGACACAAUUGACAGGCAUCAACGUGAUCCCGUUCUAUUCGAGUAUCAUCCUUGAAGGUACUCUGCAUUACUCGCCUACAGUGGCGAGGAUCUUGUCCGGAUGUCUUAAUAUAACCUUAGCACUGGGUGGUCUGACUGCCAUCUUUGUGGUGGAAAGAGUUGGCAGGCGCAAAUUGAUGCUUGCCUCGACCUUUGGCAUGGUAGUCUGUCAGGCGGCUGUAGCUGGGCUAUCCUCGGACCUAUCAAAUCCAACUUCAGGACAGGCAGCAUUGUUCUUCUACUUUGCUGCACUGUACAUCCUUCCCGUCGGCAUGUUCAUCAUCCCAUUCAUGUAUGCAUCCGAAAUCUCGCCUUUGGGUAUACGGUACCAAGUCGCCGGCAUGGCAGCAGCUUCAAGUUGGUUGUUCAAUUUCAUGGUCGCCGAGGUCACUCCCAUUGCGAUCGAUCAGAUUCACUGGGAGUACUAUCUCGUGUUUGCGUCUUGCAGCACGGUGGGCUGUUUUGCAAUCUACUUCCUCGUACCCGAGACUCAGGGACGUACACUGGAGGAAAUUGAUCUGAUCUUCCUAAAAUCCAACUCAAUCUUCGACAUGGUGCGUGUGGCUAGGGAGUUUCAUGCGGAUCCUGAUCACUUUGAACUUGAGCCAGACGACAAGAGUGGAGCUCAAGUGGCUUAUGAGGAGCGAUUG